UAACUUGGGCAGGGAGCGAACGCAGUGCUCUGGUGUGGAUGUUUUGGGGCUGAGCGGGGAUUUUAAGGUGUGUUGGUGGUGUGUUGUCGGUGUCGGUGAUGCUGCAGAAGGACACCGAGCAUCGUGAUCGCGGCCGAUGGAGAGGCGUCCUUCAGCCCGGGUGACUCUUCCACGGAGCUCCAGAACCGCCGGCCCACCCCCGGCCUCGACGUUUUAUUGAAAGUGUAUUCCAGCGGGUUUUUCUAUUUUCUAUCCCCCUCAGCUCACCACCACCCCCCUCCUCCUCCAUCUGGACCGCACUGGAACGCAUCAGCACACCGAGCCGUAAUACUUCACUUCCUGUGUGCUAUGAGUUGAUAAAGGCGAAAGAGCUGAAAAUGCAGCCACCGCUUCCCCCAGUUGCGGUCAGAGAGCUGGUGUGCUCUUGUUUGCACCGGGAUCCAGUGGCGGCAGACCUCCGCUGUAGCCUGUUUGUUGCAGCUGCGCUCCACUACAAGAGGGACUCGCUGCUCCGACCGUUUCCUCCUCGCUACAUGUGUGAGGACACUAAAGACUUCGAUGACUUGCUGGCAGAUGUGAAUUCCUUACCGGGAGUGAGAGAGCUGGUGCGACUGCGACCUGGAGAAGGAGAGCAUCAUCUGGCCCUGGUUCACUGGAUUCUCUCGUCCAAGAGCUUCGCUGUGAAAACACUCCAGAAGGAUGAGUUCUCCAAGCUGUGUAACCUGAUGGACAACGACGGAAUAUUUGUGCCAGCGCCGGACUUUCUCUUCGAGCUGGAAUAUUGUGACCAGAUGGAAGCGCGAUUUGAGAAGACCAGGGCAGACAGGGACGUCUUCUAUGCAUUUCACGGCAGCCGUCUGGAGAACUUUCACUCCAUCAUCCACAACGGUCUUCACUGCCACCUCAACAAGAACUCUGUGUUCGGCGAGGGCACCUACCUCACCAGUGACCUCAGCAUGGCCGUCCUCUACAGCCCUCACAGCAGCGGCUGGCAGCAGAGCCUGCUGGGUCCACUGCUCAGCUGCGUGGCCGUGUGCGAGGUCAUAGAUCAUCCAGAUGUGAAGUGUCAGGUGAAGAAAAAAGAUUCCGAAAUGAUCGACCGCCAACGUUCAAGAGCGAAGAACAGCGAGGGCGGAGAUGUACCACAGAAAUACUUUGUUGUCACCAACAACCAGUUGUUGCGUGUCAAGUACCUGCUUGUUUACUCACAGAGGAGGCACCUGACCAGUCGCUCCCGCAAUUCUUCAUGGCUCUUCAGACACCAUUUUGCCAUCAUGAUGGGCCUCUACCUCCUGCUGCUUGUGGUCAUCGGUGCCUUCAACUCUAACGCCUUCAUUUCCUUCUGGAACCGCCUGUUCAGGUGACAGGACGGACCCGUCGAUCCCCCAGUGCCUUUCUGAGAACACUAACUGGCGACGAGUCGUGGCUUCUUUUCUCUCCACACUUACACAGCCUGUUCUUCUCAUGCCACUCUGAGUUAACUUCUAGUGAAAAUAUACUUUACUCUGACAAUCCUGCCUGGUUAUGGUUCAUUUUAACUGUUUUAAGUACAUACCUUUUAUUAAUUUCCUUUAAUGAUGCCAUUUAGAAUGUUGUGCAAUCUACUAAUUUUAUCUGUGUAUC